AGCGUCGUCGAGUGAAAUUUAGUCAAGUAUUUGUGCUUAUGUGGUGUUUGUAUAAUAGGUUACUCUGUGCUCUAAAAAUGACACUUUUCGUUAUUUUAGUUGAUUAUUUUUAUUUGUAAAUUCAAAUAUUAAUGUGUUAACUUAGAAAAAGUUUAUGUAGAAAAUUGUGUUUAAUACAUAUUUCUCAUUGACUUAUAUUUUGAACAUUGAAAUUUCAUAAUUUAAAAUUAAUUGAAAGAGGUUAUGAUCUCGACAGUUACUUGAGUUCAACCAGAUAUCACAAAUGUUUACUUUUCACUGCAUUUUUUCACAAUAUUUUAAAGAAUUUUGCGAAAUGAUGGAUGAAAUAUGACGCCGUAUGUUCCUGGAGGAAAAAGUCCAUGAUGAUGGGCACUACCUCAAAUUUAGAAGAAGCUUACCAACGAGCUCAGAAUAUGAUAAAUCAAGUAUCCAAAAAUUGGAAAGAUGGACAACUGGAGAAACCUUCUCUCCAAAAAGGUCUUCAGGGCCACUCAAAACACAGUAUUCAUUCACGACUUACGAGACUCUACUUUGAGGAAUUGUCGAAAGUUCCUCAUGCCACUCCGGACUCUGUUUUGAAUAAUCUGGAGAACGAGUGUGAUCUUCUGGGACGGUUGGUGCAACGGGAGGGUUUACAUACUUUAAUUGUUAAUCUUUAUGCUGGUAACAAAGGAUACUCAUUAGCAGUAAGAAAUAUCGACAAAAGGAAUGAAUUUGACAAGAAUUAUUCACUGUCAGAAACCCAACUGAUGGGAUAUGAACAAGGAGAAUUAUUGUCAUGUAUAGAUAAUGGUCAAUUACCAGCAAUGUUGGCUGAACAGUUAGAACCCAGUUAUUCUCAUCUAUUCUAUGAUGGUUGCAUAAUUGCCGAAGUUCGAGAUUAUCGGAAAAAUUUAUUCCACGGCAAACCAGAUGUUCAUCAUGUUCUUUUGAAACCUACAACUCAAAGUAUUUUAUCAGAUGUUUCAACGUUAACAAGCGAUGGUGAAUGGAGUCAUGAGGAGCGAUUACUAUUGGAGUCUAGAUUAAUAGAAGCGACUCAAGGUCCAUUAUGUUUAGAUCCAAAUCCAAUUCCAAGUUUGGCAUCUACGCGAAUACGUCAAUCACGUUCUCUUUUAAGCGAUCAUCAACUUCAACGACAAGCCAAAAAGUUUUCCCAAGUCACGGUGAACCGCAAGAGGAAAUUGGAGCAAUUAGCACAACCAGAAGGUUCAACAAUACAAGAUUUAAUGCAGCGUAUUCGUGCUAAAAGAGGACAACCGAUCAGCACUGCCUGCCCAGCACCAUCAUUAAAUACUCCUCCACUCUUACCACCUAGUAGUCCAAUUGAUGUAUUAAAUUACGCCAAGGCAUAUGAGAGACCUCGAGAAACUAAAGACUGCCUUCCUCAACUUAUUGAAGAAUAUAUUUUAGAAACAGAAAGAGGUCAAGGUAGAGUUUAUCACAUAAAAUUAUCAAUUCUACAAAGACCAUCAAAUUCUGAAUAUUUAGGGGAGCUUUAUGUUGAUCGAGACUAUCGAGAAGGAGAAAAGAAUGGAUCAGCAUGUAGAUUUACUCUAGGGACAAGAGUUCAAGCCAAUCAUUAUAUGCAGCAAUUUACAGAAAUUUUUACAGAAGAAGGUCGAAAAAAUGUAAGAAUUAAACACGUGGUACCGGGCCAACCAGCAAGAGUUACUUGUACUCCUGGAAUGCAGAGAGCUCAAGCCCAAGCUCAAUUAGCUCAACAGCUUCAACAAGCUCAGUCACAACAAGCAGCCCAGCAGAUUAUUUCUCGAGCUCAAGGACAACUAAAUAACCUAGCGGGUCUAGCAUCAAUAAAAGCUGAACAACCUAGUCAUGUUGUAGUCCAAGGAAUUGAGUCUGUUGCAAAUGGUUUACCUUCAGUUUCUGAUUCUAAUAUAAACACCAAUUGUGAUGCUAAUCCAAACGGUAGUGGUAUAUUAGUAUUCAAACAGCCAGCAGCAAAUACAAAAAACGUUCCUGUACUUCAGGCACAACUAUCUGGUGAGUCUAGUAAUCAAGGAGAAUUUAAGAAACAUUCUAAUCCUGCAAUCAGUGCACUAGUUACUUCAUUAAUGAAUUCAGCUCAACAAUUUCAACAACAAGCUGCUGCCAAUGCUGCCGCAGCCGCUGCUAAUGCUGCUGCCGCAGCAGCUGCUGCGAUGAAUAAUAAUGUUCAGCAACAGCAUCCACAACAACCGGUUAAAAAUAGUAAUGCUGCUAUUUUAAGUCUUUUAAACAGUAGUCCUGCCAAUUUGAAUCCACAAAAGAACCAAACAAGAAGAAUAUCCCUAAAUGCUUCUCUCAAUUCACGAGUCAUUGGACACGGAAACGUAAUUACUGUGCCCAGUUCAUCAGGCCAAGUAAGAGUGAGUUUCAGCUCUGCUCUACCAAGUCAAUUGGCUGGAAAACAACAACCUGUUAAAGCCACUGCGGUAAGACUUGCAAGAGUUCAAGAUAACACAUCAACACUCGGUCUCUCAGUACCUGGACUUUCUGCAUUAUUAGCUGGUACUCCAUCAGCUGAUAAUCCUAUUCCGAAUUUGAACAAUGCUUCGUCUUUAUUAGAAAGAUUGACUUCUUCAAGUCAAACGACCCAACCGAGUUCUAUGACUAGUCCACCACCCACCAAUGUUAGCCUUCAGGGAGUUAAUCUUACUAGUCUGCCAAACUCUAUCAAUGGUCUUCAAAAUGUUCAAGUAUCAUUCCCUGGACUAUCACAAUCUAUUACGAUGCCAAUUAAUGUUUCUGCUGCUACUGCUUCCGUUACACCGUCAGGAGUAAUCGUAUCUGUUCCCAUUUCUACUGGAACAAACAUUUGUACUACUGUUUCUAGCAUGGUUGCUGCUACAGUUGUUACAACAGCGGUUGCGGGAUCAAAUCCAACAGUGGUGAUAGCUAAUCCUGCCAAUACUCAUUUAUCAUUACCAAUCGCUCAACUAAUCCCUUCAGGUGUGAAAGGACUUACUCAUCAGAAUAUUCGGAAUACAAAUGCUGUCACACUCUCUCAGGGAGGACAAGCAAUUCAACUUGUGGGAUCUCAGCGUCCGCGCCUCAAUCAAAUGACGCGGCAAGUUCAACCGAGUCAAAUGAAAUCUGCAGUUCUUCCUAAUCAAUUAGUUACAGUUGCCAAAUCAGCUGCUGUUAACCAGCUGAUUCUCUCUGGUAAUAAGCAAGUUUUAACUCCAAUUAUGGCAACUAAACCCGUGCUUAUGGCGACCCAAGCGACGCCGUCUUCCCAAGCUGUACCUGCAAAUAAACACACACUCCUCACAAAAUCUUUGCACGCGAGAACUGGAGUAAACAGUCAAGUAAAUCCUCAGGCUCAAGGAAUUAACGUUGCUAGUCUAUCACAGCAACAACUUCAACAACUGCACCAAUGUUUAGCGGCACAGCAAAAAGCAGCAGUUGCAGCAGGAAGUUCACCAAAUCGGACGCAAAUUCAAUCACGAAGUUCAACAUCAACACCUGGGGAUGAAUCACUGUGAGCUUCACAUUUGUUGUUCAUAUGUUACAAUUUUUUAACGAAUAAUUGAAGCCUUCUCUAAACGUAAAUACAAUAAUAAUAAAAUAAUAAAAAAGAAAAUGGUGAUGAUAAAAAAAGUGCAGUGAAUAUACAUAAAUUAUUGAUUAAGAAACUAUCUAGUAAAUAUCUACUUAAAUUUUGCUUAUUAAUUUGAUAAAACAAUUAUCUUUAUGAUCUUUAUUUUUUCUUU